GUUAAAAACUUUCAUGAACUCACAAAGAAUAAAGCUCAUGGAAGACCUAGAAUUCUUAUUCUAGAUGGACAUCAAUCUCAUUUAUCAUUACCUUUUCUCCUUUUCUGUAAAGAGAACAAUAUACAUGUUCUCUGUUACCCCUCUCAUACAACACAUAUUUAUCAAGGAUUAGAUGUUGCAAUUUUUGGCAUUUUAAAAACUGUAUUCUCAGAAGAAAUAAUUAAAUUUGAAGAAGAGACUGGUGUAGAAGUUUGUAAAGCUAACUUUUUACAAGUUUAUACUCCUACACAUAUUAGAGUCUUUACUUCUGAGAAUAUAGUAAAAGCUUUUUCAUGUACAGGUGUUUGGCCAUUUAAUCCAGCAGUAAUUAAUACUAGACUC